AAAAUUUAUUUGUUGUAUACUACAAAACUAUGUAAACUUCAUAAUCAUUCAAACUGUAUUCUUUUUCUGAAAAAGAUUAUAAUGGAUCUAACAAUGAACCCUUUAAAGACUUGUCAUUUCGUGGUAUAAAUGGAUAACAAAACAACUCAGAUUACCGCGGAUUCAAAAUCAUUAUCGACAUCCUUUCAAGCCUGUUAUAGCUCUGCUAAUGAAUUAAGAGAUUUAUUAAAGAUGAUGAUGGCCGGACAAAGCUUUAAAAGGGAAACGUUGAUUUUGUCAAUGGAAAACGCAAUCUGUGCUUUAGAAAAAGCUUACACAUAUGAAAAAAAAAUGCUUAACUGUGAUACCGAUGAACUAGAUACCAAAAACAUGCAAUCUAUCCCAGAAGAAGUUCAAGAUUGGCUUUCUUCAACUUUCACCCGUAAGCUUUCAAUAUCGAAUGAGGAAAGCAAGCACAAAUUUAAAAGCAUUGCAAAUGUUAUUAGGGCCGGAAUAUUCGUCGAUAGAAUUUAUAGAAGAGCUUCCUUGGCUAAUUUCCACAUUUCGACUCCUAUUGUUGAUGCACUAAAGAAAAUGAACGAUUGGGAUUUUGAUGUAUUUGAACUUCAUAAAGUAAGUGAUGAGCAAUCGCUACGGUACAUAGGCAUCGAAGUAUUGAAUAAAUAUGAUCUCAUCAAUAAAUAUAAGAUACCGAUUAAACAUUUAGAAAAUUUUAUGAACGAGCUUACAAAUGGUUAUAAACUUUAUGACAACUCUUAUCAUAACGUAGUACACGCUGCGGAUGUAGUCCAAACUGUAUUUUAUUUGAUUCACAGAACCAAACUGCAAGACACAUUGACAGAUAUUGAAAAAUUUGGUUGUUUUAUUGCAGCUAUGAUCCAUGAUUAUGAACAUACAGGGACUACAAACAAUUUCCACGUUAAAACAAGCUCUCAAAUGGCUUUACUCUAUAACGACAGAUCGGUGCUAGAAAAUCAUCACUUAAGUCGCACAUUUAAUAUGAUGAGGGAAGGAGAAACAGGUAUCUUAAGUGCUUUAAACAACGAUGAAUACAGAGAAUUUCGAGAUUUAGUUAUUGAUAUGGUGCUAGCAACAGAUAUGUCUUCUCAUUUCCAGCAGGUGAAAACGAUAAAGCACCUGUUGGUACUUCCAGAAUAUAUUGAUAAAUCCAAAGCAUUAUCAUUAAUUCUUCACGCUGCCGAUAUUAGCCAUCCUUGUAAACCGUGGCAACACCACCAGAAAUGGACACAUUCUUUGAUGCAGGAAUUUUUUAGACAAGGGGACCAGGAAUUAGAGAUGGGCUUGCCCUUUUCACCCCUGUGCGAUAAAACCACAACUUUGGUGCCUGAAUCUCAAAUAGGCUUUAUAAACUAUAUAGUAGACCCGUGUUUUCAGGUAUUGGAGGCCAUGUUAGAAUCUAUUUUGGAUUAUAAAGAUAAAUGUAAGACCAUAAAAGAAAAGGAAGAUAGCAGCAAACAUCAUGGCGCCUCUACAAGUAUGGAAGUCGAAAAAGAUAGAAGUAGCUCUAUGAACAACAUUGUGAUACGUAAUCCCAAAAAGCUUAAGCACACGCCAUGGAAUCAACAUAUUUCGAAAAAUUUGGAAAAUUGGAAAGAUAUAGUCAGCAAUCCAGCCAAAGAAAAAACAUUUGUUCCUCGCCGCAUUUGAAGUGAGCGUUAUCAUUGAAAGCUUGUUAUCUAUUUUGUUGUUUAUCGUUAUCGCUUGUUAUCAUUUUGUUUACCG